GCAAUUAAUAGACAGUGAUGUUUGAGUUUCUUGUGGUGAUACGGUGUCCAUGGAAGCCCGAUAUGACUUUCGGAAAAGACAAUCAGCAAACAUAAAUCCAAUUACUCGAUGUGGACAAGUACCGGAAUCAUCACCAUCGUGUUAGCCGAGGGCAAAUCGGAGUCCCAUAUGCAACAAGAAAUAGUGCAAAGCAAGAAGAUAUCGAUGGCAGGGACUAGUCUAGCAAAUGCCGCUUUAUCUGUGCUCGGGGGGUGGCCUUAUGGGAAACAUAUGGAUAAGAACACUAAUAACCAGUCCUCAUUCCAAAUGCUGCUGCACUACCCUAGGUACAAGAAGAAAGACUGCAAGAAUAUGCCCGAGUGGAAGUUGGAUUGCCUCCUGAAUGAGUAUGGUUUGCCUGUGUCUGGUGAUGUCAACCAUAAGAGGAAGUUUGCCAUGGGGGCUUUCCUUUGGCCAUCGCAGGAAGAGUAAAACAUGUUGUAUGGUUGUAUGGUGUUGUGACUGGCUAUUAGCAAGAGGAUUGCUAAAUGCUAAUAAUCAUUUGACAGUUUAGUUUGGUUUGGUUACUAUAUUCUGUCUCCUAAUGUAUGAAUGUAUGUAUCUAUCAGUGGUGUGAUUUUUAUUUUAACAUGAAGCACCAGCUUCUGUACUUUAUUCACUUGCUAUUAUGAAUUUCUGUGAUAUAACUUGAAACAAAACUUCAUGCGGUAUCCAAUUAAACCGACAUUAUCUCUUGAUUAUGCACUUAA